CCUUUAAGAUUUAGGGUCAAAGGUCCCAAACCAACUAGCUGAGGUUAAAGGUCAUCUCGUUUUGUUAGGGUCAAAGGUCACUAAGCUUAGAAUAAAAUGGCAGCCCCUGGAGGAUACAACCAGUUCACUCCACUGGCUCCUGAUGAUAUUGAGAUUCGGAACAUUAUUGACAAGCUGGCAGUUUUUGUGGCUCGCAAUGGACCAGAGUUCGAGCAAAUGACAAUGAACAAACAGAGGAACAACCCAAAGUUCUACUUCAUCUUUGGAGGAGAGUUCCAUCCGUACUAUCGCUGGAAGGUGUCCCAGGAGCAGGCUGCGAUGUAUGGUCAGGCCCCAGCGCCUCCUGUUCAGUCACUCCUGCAAACCCCUCCCCCUACACACAGCGGGAACAAGGUGUUGCUAGGCAACUAUCCAACCUCCAGCUCAGGAAAUUACCCCCCACAGAGCUACUCCGCCCCCCACCAAGCACCAGUCAAUUACUCCCAACCACAGACCUCUCAAGUAGAACCCUCCACCGACACACCCCCUCCUCCUCCCUGGGUGAAGCAACCAGCAGAGGAGACUCUCCAAGCUGUGUUGAAACAGAACCGACUGUCAGAGCAGGCCUUGCUUCAACAACGUGGUGUCACUGAUCCUCUGGAGAUGGAGUUCAGUGCUAUGGUGGCGCCCAUCAUGGGAGCAUGCACUAAAGACUCUAUUGCGGUUGGCAAGAGUUGGAUCUUCUCUCACUCGCACAGUCACGAGGAGAGUACGACAGUGGCACGCUUCAUGAUGAGGAAGACACUGAAUACUCCUGGGAUUGGCUUCAAUCAGAAGUUACACAUCAUCUUCCUUAUCAAUGAUAUAUUACAUCACUGUUUGCGGAAGGGGGCACAGGAACUGAAACAGGCGUUGGAGGGUCUCGUUGUGCAGAUAUUCUACAAUACAUACGUCAGUGAACCAGACAAGGCUGAGAGCUUGGUGAAGGUCCUCAAUAUUUGGAGGUCACAAGAAUACUUCACAGACAAGAUACUGGAGCAAAUUGAUGCAGUGAUAUCUGGUACAGCAGACUCUAUACCUGCUGGAGGGGAGUCUGCUGUGACUGCCCCCCCACCAAAGGCACCCCCCUCCGAACCUCUACUACCAUCACCAUGGCAACAACAGGAAGCCCCAGUGCCUUGGCAACAAGAGCGGAGAGGAGGGGGAGGGCAAUGGGGUCAAAGGUCAUCACGCUGGGACCAGUCGACAUUCCCUACAUCUCACCCAGAUGAGCCCCCGCCCCCACCACCCGCCCACGACCCUCACUAUGACAACAGAGAAUUUGAUAGAGAGUUCCGAGAGGAUAAUGUGAGGGAGGAGUCACGAGAGCCCUUCAUAGAGACCUUUGAGUACAACCACCAGUCCUUGCAACAAGACCCCCCUCCCCCAGCUCCUGUACAACAUGAAGUGUUUGAUUACAACCACGGCCAACUGCCCCCUGGACCACCCCCCUGGAGGGGACUCCCCCCUGCCCCCCACAUGCUCCCACCACCUCCAGUGGGGAUUCCCCCACUCCCUAUGCCAGUGGGCCUGCUACCCCCUCCCCCUGACAUACGGGGGGCAUGGCGUGGACCACCUCCUCCCAAUAUCCCCCCACCCCCUGUGGACUUAGCUCCUCCUAUACCAUACUAUGAGCUACCAGCUGGAAUCAUGGUCACUCUAGUACCGCUUCACGAGCACAGUUACCAUGGCAUCCAUCCUCGUGACGUACGCCUCCCCCCUCCACAACCGCCCACUCAACGACUCCUGCGAGCUGUAGACGAGUUUUACGAGGAAGAGGAGAAAGAGGAGGAGGAGGUAGCAAAGAAGGAAGGCGAAGAAGGGGAGGCAAUAAAAAAAGAGGGUGAAGAAGGAGAUGCAGUAAAGAAAGAAGGCGAAGAGCAGGAGGCAGCAAAGAAAGAUAGUGAGGAUGAUAGGGAGGCGAAAAAGAAUGAAGACAAAAAAAUCAAAAGAAAUGAGGAGGGUUGGGAAGCUGGUGCUCUACUCAAUUUUUUCGAGGCUAAGAGGAGAGCUAAGGAAGACAUGGCUAGCCGCUAUCGCCCCCGACGACCAGCCCCACAGAGAUCCAGACAGAGCAGGAGGUCACGCUCCUACUCCAGGAGUAGGUCACGUAGCUACAGUUCUAGUAGGAGCAGAUCAUAUUCCAGGUCACACUCGAGGAGCCCUCGGAGGAGACGAUCGUCAAGAUCUCCAACAGGGUCUCGGUCUAGAUCACGAUCACGGUCUCGUUCUCGUUCUCGUUCCCGUUCCCCUUCUCAUCGACGUCGCUCCCCUCGAGGAAAAACUCCUCCAAGACGGGGAAGUCCCCCUGGCAGACGACCUUUGGACCCUGGAAAUUCAGGUGGUGGACUGGGCUGGCAACCAAUGGGUGGUGGAGCUGGUUCAAUCCCUCGUCUGGGAGAGGGUAACGUUGGUCAUCAGAUAAUGCGACGAAUGGGAUGGGAGGGUGCUGGGCUUGGUAUGGCUGAGCAAGGUAUCCAGGAGCCAGUCAAGGGAGGAGAGGUUAGAGACAAGGGGGACAAGUACAAGGGAGUGGGCGUUGAUAUGAAGGAUCCGUUUGAAAUGUUCAGAAAGAACAGAAGCUACACCUUCAAUAGAGGCCGCCCUCCAGGUUGAUGACCCCAAUGUGCAAUGAACUGUCUCCUUUAAAACUGAAAAACUCUCUAUAAGUAAAUUUUUCCCUUUGUCCUGUACAUGUCAGCUUGUUUGAAUGAAUAUGUAUGUUAUGUGCUUGAUGUUUAAUAGUUAUUGUUCUGAUAUAACAUCCAUCCUAUAGUAAUACCAAUAAAUUAUUUAUAUAAGUGUUCACUUAACACCUUAUAA